AUGGUGGUUGUAGUUGUGUUUAGUAAUCUGGGUAGCCGAAUGCUUUCAUCGUCUCGCCUCCCGUCGUUGGCUGAAGUUCCUGUGGGUGGUGAAGAUGCGCCAACGUCGUCCGUUCGUGAACGGGCCGGCGCCGAUCAUUCAACUCGGACCACAAAGUCCGUAUUUGCGCGUCUGAUACCGUGGACAACAGAAGCGAGUCCAUCAACGCUUUUGAAUCGGAGACAAGGUCGUAUUGUACCUAUACGACCAGGUACUGGAGGGCAGUACCGUGUCGUGACGCGUACUGCUACUGUAGAAGGACACUCGAAAGCUGUUCUUUCAGUGGCAGCCACCGAUGAACUUCUCCUAUCCGGAUCGAAAGACCGUACCGCUAAACUCUGGGAUCUACAGACUGGAAGUGAAGUAAGGACGUUGGGUGUGCAUCCGAACAAUGUUCAUGCAGUACGAUUCAUACCCAACUCUCAGCUGGCCAUCUCAGUGUCGAUGUACCAAAUCCGUGUAUGGGAUUUACGAACGCAGGAAUGUGUGCGAAUGCUUCAGUCAAGUGGUCAAGUGAAUGAUGGUGACGGGGGUCCGGCUGGAUCACGACAAAAUACUGUGCCAUUCCUCGAGACCGUGGUUAACGCGGCCGAAGUUGAUCCGAAUGGCAAACUUCUUUUCACUUCCUUCGGCGGCGAUGUGAGGAUUUGGAAUCUUGACAAGUGGGCAUCGUUCGGAAGACUCGUUGGAGCAGUGAAUAGCCCGAGAUCGGAAGUGUCGUGUUUGGCCGUAUCUGAAGGACCUGAUGGACUGCCACGAAUCUUCACCGGUUCACGGGAUCAUUAUGUAAAAAUGUUCCAGUGCAGCAUCGGAGGCGAAGGUGUGUAUGAAUCAGCUGUAGACUUCAAUCCACCACACUACGAUAAUGUCACUUGUGUUGUGCCUUUCGGCGGGUUUCUGUUGACAGCUGGAAAAGACAAGAACAUCAUGAAAUUUUCGUUGCUGGAUCAGAAAAGAGAUCACCUGGAGCUGAAUGCUCACAACAGUUUUAUUCAAGGAAUGUGCCUUGUUGGGGCAAGUUUAUACCUUGUUCUUAUGUACUUUAUUUGUUUCAUAAAUAUGUCAAUAAGUGGUGGAAACUCUUCUGGGGAAGGGGUUCCAUAUUUACAAUUUUAA